UGGACUCGAUGAAUAAAUUGCCGAUGCACUCGCCUCGCCGCUGACGCCCGAGCGGCUGCGUCUUCGCUUUACGAUCUCUUCCCCGUGGUGUCAUUUGGAAGGUGACAUCCACAUCUCUGUUUUCUUCAUGCUCUCGACCAAUAGUUGCUUCUAUGGUUUCCAAAUUUCGUUUUGUUCCGAUCGUCUCGUCGGAUCUAGGGCUCUUAGAGUUUGUAGAUGGCGGCGAGACUACAUCAGUUUCGAUCUAAGGCAGUGCAAGUUUCUAACUUCGUGUCUAAGCACGGUUGCGCUUACUACAAGGAGCUUCUGGAGAAGAACAAGCAGCACAUCGUGCAGCCACCGACCAUUGAGAAGUGCCAGGAGCUUUCGAAGCAGCUCUUUUACACACGUCUUGCGAGCAUCCCUGGCCGUUGUGAGUCGUUCUGGAAAGAGCUUGAUGCAAUGAAGCGCAUCGGGCGAAAUCGGAAUGAUCUCACAGUUGAGGACGCCGGAAUUGCGGCACUCUUUGGGCUCGAGAUGUAUGCGUGGUUCUGUGUAGGUGAGAUCAUCGGAAGAGGAUUCACUUUCACUGGGUACUACGUUUAAAUCUCUUGGAUACAAGGCAAGAUCUGCUUGUUUUGAUUUUUGCUGUUGGGUAUUUUAUCUCAAUUUUUCAUUUACCGAUAAAUUCAUUGA